GCCCUCAAUAGACAAAACGACGAGAGAUAUUACAAAAAGAAAACCACUCUUAAAUUACAACAUUAGAGGUUGGAAACAGUGAAACACAAUCAAUCUAACCCAAACAACAAAAAAAACCCAAUCUUCAAAAAGGGUUAAUAUUCACCUAAUUCUGUCUGCAGAAGAAAUACUUGACCUUUUGUAGAUCGGAAAAUUCACCGCAGAUGGAAGCCCGGCGAAAAUCUACGGUGGCGACAACGGCGGAGAAGAGAGAGAAAGAGGUUUUGUCGGUGGAGGAGGAAGAAGAUGAAGAAGUGAACGAAAGUGGAAGCGAUUACACGUCCGAAGAUGAAGGGAAAGAUGAUUACAGAAGAGGAGGUUAUCAUGCUGUGAGAAUCGGCGAUUCCUUCAAAAAUGGAACUUAUGUUGUUCAGAGUAAGCUUGGUUGGGGACAUUUCUCCACUGUAUGGCUUGCAUGGGAUACUAAACAUUCGCGAUAUGUGGCUCUAAAAGUGCAAAAAAGUGCGCAACAUUACACUGAAGCUGCAAUGGACGAGAUUACGAUAUUGAAACAACUAGCUGAUGGUGAUCCAGAUGAUAAAAAUUGUGUUGUGAAGCUUUUGGAUCAUUUUAAACAUUCUGGUCCUAAUGGGCAGCAUGUGUGUAUGGUGUUUGAGUAUUUGGGGGACAAUCUUUUGACGUUAAUAAAGUAUUCCGACUAUCGUGGGUUGCCUCUGGCGAAGGUGAAGGAGAUAUGUUACCAUAUUUUGGUUGGGUUGGAUUAUUUGCACCGGCAGCUGUCUAUCAUACACACUGAUUUGAAGCCGGAAAACAUUUUGCUAUGGUCAGUGAUAGACCCGUCCAAGGACCCUAGAAAAUCUGGCGCUUCUCUUAUUCUUCCUAAUAGCAAGGAUAAAACCAUUUAUGAGUCUGGGAGUACAAAAGACAGCAAAGUUUCAAAUGGUGAUUUGACUAAAAAUCAGAAGAAGAAAAUUCGAAGAAAGGCAAAACGUGCAGCCCAAGGGUGUGCGGGGAAAGAAGCUACUGACCCUGAGCAAGAUCCUGAAGCAUCAGAUGCUGAUGGUGUGAAGGGGACAAGUGUAGGAAGUUCAGUCCAUAAGAGAGGGAGCCGAUCAACGAGGCGGAAACUUUUGGAGUCUGUGGACCUCAAAUGCAAACUAGUUGACUUUGGAAAUGCUUGCUGGACUUACAAACAGUUUACAAACGAUAUUCAAACGAGGCAGUAUAGGUGUCCUGAAGUGAUCCUUGGAUCAAAAUAUUCAACCUCUGCUGACAUGUGGUCUUUUGCUUGCAUUUGUUUUGAGCUUGCAACCGGUGAUGUUUUGUUCGAUCCUCAUAGUGGUGACAAUUAUGACAGGGAUGAGGAUCAUUUGGCCUUGAUGAUGGAGCUUUUGGGAAUGAUGCCACGUAAGACUGCAUUAGGGGGACGUUAUUCCCGGGACUUCUUCAACAGAUAUGGAGACUUGAGACACAUUCGUCGGCUUCGUUUCUGGCCACUUAGCAAGGUUCUUGUUGAGAAGUAUGAGUUUAGUGAACAAGAUGCAAAUGACUUGUCAGACUUUCUAGUUCCCAUUCUUGAUUUUGUCCCUGACAAACGUCCUACUGCUGCUCAAUGCCUUUCUCAUCCAUGGAUUGCUGGAUGCCCCCGCUCUCUGGAGCCUGCUCCACCUGAGAGUCAACCGGUGGAUGCUACUGCUUCUGAUGAAAAAAAGAGUACAGAAAAGGAUGAAAGAGAAGAGAUGGAAAAAAGUAUGGAGAGCAUUACUAUAAGUAUAGAAUCGAAACCCAGCAAACAUUUUGUUUCUUCUCCCAAACCUUCAAAAACAGCUGUAACUGGUUCAUCAAGGCAAAAUCUUGAUCGGAGCCACAGCUCCAGAGGAAAGAUCCUCGAACGAUUCUGAACUUGGCUGGAAAUCUUAAAAGACAGUUGAUGGGAAUUAUGUUGUACGGUGAACUCUAGCCUGUGCUACUGCGGCCUUGUUGAUACCUUGUCGAUUCUGAAAAGGUUAAAUGUACUAUAUAUUGCAACAUACCUUAUUGAUUUAUUAAAUUGCACUGAACUAAAUUUUGUCUCGUAUUACUUUGUUUCUAAGUUGAUGCUUUUUUGCGCAAGAGUACAUGAUUGACUCAUAAUGCUAUAUUGGUUUUUAUCA